UAUUUUACAGUGCUCAGGGAUGUCACCUCCUUGCUCGGCCCAUCGUCUGCUUAAUUUUCUGCAUUUCGCUGCUAGACAAAAUGUGAAAGUAGUGCUGUGACAACAAAGACGCAGGCAGAAUAAUGAAACGUGCUUUAGUGACAAUAAUUUCUUCCUGAGAUUCGGUGAACGAUGAAAAGUCUGUUUCAAAGCGCGUAGGGGCGAUGGUCAAAAUGAAACUGCGUACUUCGGCGUCCUUCUCAAUUUUCUUUUUUUUUUUUUAGUUUUGUCGUAGACGUUCGCUGGCUAGAACGUGGCCUUGACUUCGUCACGGUCGUCUCACUUCUCUGAGACUUUUAUUCUCUCAACUAUCUUUAUCCCCCAUCCCUUCAUUUUUUUCCCCUCUCCACGAAGGUCCUGUGAAAUAGACAAGGCCUUCUCACUAAUGAACAACUUAAACGAGCGGUCUGCCCAAACAGAGGCGUAUCUCUGCGCUGGGGUUCUCAGCCAAAAGGACCCGAGCGUCUUACAUGAGAAGAAGCGAGACUCACGACACAAAUCGCAAAAGAAAAAACACAAGUCACGCGCAACAAAACAAGAGGAGCCAUCAAGAGACGGCUUAUACAUGCGCUCAGUCUCUUAGAGUCCCGAUGCACCGCAGCGCUUUCUCCCCUGCAGACGUCCAGCAAUGGAUCUACAGGGGGUCACAAAGCAUUGCCCGGUUGGGCGUGCAGGGCUGAACCGUUGUAACUCUCGGACGCACGCGCAUCUCUGCAGAGUGGGGGCACCCCGCCCGCGAUGUUAUUUUAAAUAGAGACAUUUGUUCGGUGGUAAAGGAAUGGGUGUAGCUGUUGGGGUAGUCUCGGGCGGGAAGGGGUAGAUGCGGCUGCUCGCAGGUACUCUCGGGCACUCGGUGUAGUUCGUAUACGCGCAGAGUCUACCUGCGUGUACGCCUCGCAGGGCGAUCGGCUCGCGCGGACGAUCUCGCCGGAGGAGCGGGAUGGCUAGCGAGUGGCCGAAAUGGGACGGCGAUCGCCGUCGUCGCCGUCAGCGGCGGGGGAAGGGUAGAGCAGCCGGGCCCCUGACCCAGAUGAAGCGGCCCGCGCGCGGCUGACGCGUAUAAAGAGCGUCGUCCGCGCCCGGCCACCCCCAAAAAGCGGCAAAGCAGCCGGCUGGCUUUCUCCCCUCGCUCCGGACUCGCACUGUGCGCCGCGCGCCAGCAUGGGCCACAAGAGCGUCUCUCUUCUUGGGUUCAUCUGCGCAUGCUGCCUGGUGAGUGCGGAUGACUUCGCCUGGGUGACCCACGAGCCGUUCGCCACGGAGAACCUGGUGUCCAUCGCGCCGUCAGGGCCGCAGCAAGUGACCGCGGUGGCGCCCUGGCCACAGCAGUGGCACUCCUCUCCGAUGCAGCAGCAGCAGCAACAGCAGCAGCAGCAAAACUUCAAUCCAGUGAGGAUGCUGUUCCAUUCUUCCGGUCCGUGGAAUAAUCACGGCGGAGGUGGAGGUGGCGGCGGCAACGGAGGCGGAGUGAACGACAUCACCACGGUUCACCUCCAAGGUCCGGGACCCGGUUCGUGGCAAGGAGGCAACGCUCCUUGGCAAACCAACAGUGUCGCAUUCCCUUGGCAAAUGCAGCAGCACCAACAGCAGUCUCAAAACCACCAUCAAAACCACAAUCAAAACCACGGCGGUCCGCCCGGAGAUAUCUCACUCCCGUGGUCCACCCAGCAACAGGGUCAUAUCGCCACUUUCACUUCCCUGCCAAGCCCUCCCGUUCAGCACCCACCCAACCCGUGGCAGAACACUGCUCCCAUGGGCGGUGCUCCCUGGCAGUACCAGCAGAACCAGAACAACCACAACAACAAUAACAAUAACAACCAUCCUCAUCAACCGCACCAACAGCAGCAAAAUCAGCAGCAGUCUAAUCAGCAACACCAUCCGCAACAGCCACAGCAGCCGCCGCCUCCUGAACCAUCGCUGCCGAGGACCCAAGUGAAGCUCAUCUACGUGCCGAUACCCAUCGUGAGGUCCGUGACGCAGCAGGCCGUGUCGUCGCAGCAGGGACAGUGGCAGCAGCAAGGUGGCGGCGGAAGUGGUGGCGGUGGAGGGGCUUCCGUGCAGGUCAUCUGGCCGCAACAGCAGCAGCAGGGUGGCUCCCAGAGCGCGUGGCAGCCAGGCGUCAAGACAAGGGCAUUCUCGGUGCCGGCCAAGACGAUGGGCAGCGCGGGCGCUGUUAUACCGAUCGUCAUCUCGCUCCAGACCACGAGUUCGCGGCCUUCACCUCCGGCCAAGUCCGAAUUUUCACCUCGGGUGGCUACAUCUCGCGCGGACACGCCCAGAAGUGCAUGGUGGUGAUGAACCGUUCGUUUGCAGGGUGUCACAAGUUUGGUCGAUAGCCACCGACAGGCUCGAAAUCGAAGGUGCGUUCAUAAGUGACGAUCGGCCACUGAUUGGUGCAAGCGGCCCUUGCCACUGACAGAAUGGUACUCCUAAAUAAGGCUUAUAUGUACCUGUUUAUUGUAUUUCAUCGCGAAUCACUAUGAGCGAAUUGCGUGUGCCGAUCUUUCACUGACGCUUCGCUUUGUAGAUAUACUUGCGGAAAUUGGAGCGAUAUACGGUAGUCACACUUCGAGUGUGGAGGCCAAACAUCCACAGACGUCAUCAGAAAAAGAAGGGAAGUUAUACAUAUUGCCCAUGGUAUAUACGUUUGCUCAGCCAGCGCGCUUUUCGAAACACUCUAGGUGUAAAGGAAGAGACGUAUUGUACCCGCGAGCCUUCUACCGUAUCCCUACUUCCUAUGUUCAUUACCAUAGACUACAUGCAAAAAUCUGAGAUUAUUGGGCGCUUCGGCACUACAAGACCUGAGUAUUUGCAUGAACAAUCAUUCUGCACGAUGUAUAGGGUUUCUGUCUUUUCCUCCCCCGACCUUACAGCCGUUUCGAAGCCAUUGCAUUUCCUUAAUGCGCCAAUUGCGACCAGUACGAAAGUUUACUUUCUGCCAUGUCAGUGCAUAUGGGAUAAAAUGGUUGUCCUCAUGCCUGCUGAAUUCGUGACGUCGCAAAAACAAAUGAUGUGGCUGAGUGCCAGCUAAAAUGAGCAGUGAGUACUAGUCAAUGACGAAUUUCUAAAAAUACAAUUUUUUUUUAUCUAGAAAAAAAAAAGAACCUAGCGUGCAUUGCCCACGAAUUUAUUAGCGUUCACUAUAUCUGCAAGAGGUAGUUGAGUUUCUGGUUGACCAUCGAAUCGACCCGUGCUACGCACAAAAUAAAGCUACUCAUCGUGAUAUCACGCUGGCAUAUGAAACCGUCGCCAAGGGACUGCCAUGUUCCUACCCGGGUCAAAUGCACGUCUCUGUGGCAUCUCAGCUUUAGCCUUGGACAGCUUCUUUGUAGCCAAGAAGUACGGGAGGACGACACCACAGAAUAAGUUUAAAAACAGCAGCUCGUUUGUAUUAUCCUGGCAUUCUAAGAACGAAAGAAGUCGCGCGAUUUCUUUCUUUUUUUGAGCAAGGGCGGUUGGGGGGGGGGGGGGGGGCAAGUAGAUGUUUGUCCGAGAGCUGUCGCACUCGAGUGACCAGAGGAGUACAUUUCCUCUGACCGGAUAGAAGCGGAGUAAACUAACGUGAUCUACUGAGGCGCAUGAGGACGAUCUAAAAUGGAGUUCAAUAUGGAACGAGCACUUUCUCCCACAUAAAGGAGCUGUCGACGCUCCAUUGUUCUUAAAGUGUAGCGAGAUAAAAAAAGCAGGACUGAAAGGCAGGGAGGUUAAGAAGGACUUGGACUGAAUCCACUCGGCUACGCUACCAUGGGGGGAAGGAGAAAGGGGAGGAAAAUAUUUAGGCAAGAAGAGACAGUCAACAGCAGUUAAUGUUCAUUGGAGUCACCGGCAUAAUGGAAUACUCAGCGCUGCGUCGCAGACAGUUGACAGCAGCACUGAGGUCACGGGCUUCAGACUGUCUGUGUCUGACUUUAUUGAGAGUAAUCACAAUCUCAGCGGAAGUUCACUGCGCACAAUUAAUAUAUUUGUCGAAAGGAAUGAGACAACGCCACCGUAAGGGCCCCGAGAGAAGUUUCCGCGCAACUUUCAUGCUUCGCACAUAAAACGAAUCGUUCUUGAAACUUUAUGCUUGCAAUGCAAGGCAUUCACUUUGUUUUUGCACUUCUUUCGGGUAUGCACAUGGUGUACAGAGGUACUUUAUAAAGAACGAAACCUAUUUAUAUGUGACUAUUUCUUUUUCAUUCAAGCAUCGCUUUUCGUUCAUCCUCUUGAGGACGCCUUCAUGAGCAAGUUUAGUUUGACUGUUACCAAAUAAGCCCGCAAAAAAAAAAAAAAAAGAUCGCACCGUAACAGAAACCUCCUAGGCUCUACUAUGCAGAAUUAAGUAUUGCGUGCGCACGCCAUGUAUUGAAGCUCGUUUCUGCGUUUCUGCGUGAAAAAUAUGCUUUCGGGGUCAGAUUGUGUUCUAGUGCGACCUUGGGAACUGAAGAGCCGUCUAGGUGUGCCUGCGUGAGUGCCGCGACACCGCAUCAGCUUGCCCGGCGGCAUUUGCCAGUUGGCUGCAGUUGGCCGCAGGGAAGCGUCGUUCUCUUUCUUGGUUAGUGAAGCUCCUAUAAGCGCAGCCUCUGUCAACAAAAUUUUGAAGCCAUUGCGCGUGUGACGCGAGCUCUAUCUCCGUUGCAAGGCUUCUGUAAUGGACUUGGCACAGCGAACCUCAGUACUAGAACGAGAAGCGCAGUACAUUUCAUCAUGUGGGUCUUCAGAGCCAGUUCAAAUGGUGAUACCAGCGUGCCCCUGAACGCCAUGUCCGGUCACACAUGAAGUUGUUCCCAAAUAUUUGACGAAGGCUCCACAACACAGCGUUGUCGUUUCUUUCUCUUCCGGGAUAUCGCAUAUUAUUGCUCUCAAUAAAUUCGUGUGGCGGAACUGUCGGCAAGUAUUUGCAAUGCUAGCUGUGUCUGAAGCAUAUAAUUUCCCGUUCUUCCUUCUCCCUUUGCUCUCGAACAUUCAUUUCAACCUCAAUCCGACAUACCCAGCAUGUCGUAGACACUGCAGUAUAUUAAAGAAAUUCAAGGUGCCGAAAUAAGCAAGCCACGACAUUUAAUUUGCGUUUCUGUCGUUGACAGCACACCAAAUUGAAAAUUUAUAAGGCUUGUUUUGAAUUGAGAAUGUCGUCUAAUGUUACGCGACAGAAAGUUACUCUGGGUGUGGCAGAGAUAAGGCGAAAUAACCUCCUCGAAAAAAUUCCGCUUAUAGUUGCACUGACAUAGAAAGUUACUGGUCCUGUGAAAUGCAUAUAUGUCAACUUCUUCCCCCUAUUUGCUCACAGAAAACUAAAUGACGUCCUCCUCUUUUGUAACAACAUAAAAGCUCAUCGACUUGCAACACCUGGCUAUGUAAAUAAGCGCUUAUGCAAAAAUUGUAAUAAAGCACUUCAUCCUGCAUCACAACCGCCAACAAAACUACACAACAGUUGUAUUACUUGGUCAUCAGCAUGAAGACUGUUGGUUAAAGUGUCCAGGUAAGUUCAGUGACGGAACGUAAAUAGGAGUAGUUGCUGGUUAGUCGACGCGUUAUUUUUCAUCAAGGGUCUCUGGAGCGAACGACUUGUAAGCAUUAUAGUUAGCACACACUAUUAAAGAAGUGGCGUUUA